CACAGGAUGUAGAUGUAAGAACACUGUGUACACUGCAGCCGCAGAUCACAAAACGCAGAACCGCCUUGGAAAUGCUGAUCACUCGCCCGGCAGAGUGAUAACCAUGCCUGAUAAACCCCAACCCUCGCUCCUAUCGCCUCCAUCUCCUUCAUCAGGGCCCUCAGAACAAUAAGAGCGAGGAACCGGCUGGAGAACGCCGGUGAUAUGAAACCGACGGCAGCCCGAAAAUGAACGUCUCCAACUUCUCCAACUCAGCCCCAUACCACAACCCCUUGCAGUCUUUCCUGGGCCUGCCCAUAGCUCUUAUCAUUUUCAUGACUGUGGCUGGAAACCUGCUGGUAAUCCUGGCUGUGAUGCGAACCCCUCAGCUCCAGAACAUCACCAGUGUCUUCAUCAUGUCUCUGGCCUGCGCUGACCUCAUUGUGGGCUGUGUGGUCCAGCCCCUGGGCUCCACCAUGCUGCUGACCGGAAACUGGCUGCUCGGGAAGAGGGCCUGUGACCUCUGGACCUCGGUGGACGUCUUGUGUGUGACUGCCAGCACUCAGACCCUCUGCGUUAUCGCUGUGGACCGAUACGUGGCCGUCACCAGACCGCUGCGGUACAAGGCUCUUCUGAACAAGUGGAGAGCCAGAUUCAUUGUCUGCACUGUGUGGACAAUAUCAGUCUUCGUCUCCUUCGUCCCCAUCAUGGGCGGUCACUUCCGGGCUCCCGAUGAUCUUUCAGACAAAACCCAAAACUGCUUGGACGACCCAAGGUGCUGUGACUUCAUGCCCAGCGAAUCCUACGCCAUCGUCUCCUCCAUCAUCUCCUUCUACAUUCCUCUUCUGGUGAUGAUCUUCGUGUACGGCCAGGUGUUUAUCAUCGCAAACCGGCAGGUGAAAAUGAUCGCUAAGGACAGGCAGCGAUUCAGAAGCAGCGACGAUUACCAACUCGCAGAGGAACCGUCUGCAGGAGCAGCAGAACUGGCCCAGAAUCCAAACCGAAGGUCAUCCAGAAAUAUUGUUCACCAGCACCGGGCCCUGAAGACACUGGGCUUCAUCAUGGGUGCGUUCAUGCUGUGCUGGCUGCCAUUCUUCGUGGCCAACAUCGUGGUGACGUUUAGGUCGGCGAGCAGAACUGAGGCAAAGGAGGACGACGGCGACCUGCAGAGGAACAUGAUGACUCUGAACUGGCUGGGAUACAUCAACUCCGGCCUGAACCCCAUCAUCUACUGCCACAGCUCUGACUACCGCGCCGCCUUCCACAGCCUGCUGUACCUCCUAAAGCCCAAGCGGACCGGCCUGGCCGGGCUUUAUAAGCGGCUCAGGCUGCGCUGCCCCUGCCUGUCCAAAUCUGGGACGGUCCGGGUGAGCUGCUCAGACCAAAAGGCAUUCCUGCAAAGCGACAGAACCCAAAACACCACGCAACCUCAGAGCAGCACUACCGUCUUCUGCAGUGGAGUAACGACGUUAAGCUGACCCUGUCCUGCAGCCUGACUGGGACAUGUCCCAAAGCCUGACCACACACCAAAGCCUGAAGACACGACCCAAAGCCUGACCACACACCAAAGCCUGAAGACACGCCCCAAAGCCUGAUAACACACCAAAGCCUGACCACGCCUAAAGCUUGAAGACACACCCCAAACACUGAGUGACACAUCCCAAAGCCUGACAACGCCUAAAGCCUGAAGACACGCCCCAAACACUGAGUGACACACCCCAGUGCCUGACCACGCCUAAAGCCUGAAGACACGCCCCAAAGCCUGAUGACACACCAAAGCCUGACCACGCCUUAAGCUUGAAGACACACCCCAAACACUGAGUGACACAUCCCAAAGCCUGACAACGCCUAAAGCCUGAAGACACGCCCCAAACACUGAGUGACACACCCCAGUGCCUGACCACGCCUAAAGCCUGAAGACACGCCCCAAAGCCUGAUGACACACCCCAAAGCCUGAAGACACACCCAAAGCCUGAUGACAAACCCCAAAGCCUGAAGACACGCCCCAAAGCCUGACUACACAGCAAAGCCUGAAGAAAAACCCCAAAGCCUGACCACGCCUAAAGCCUGAAGACACGCCCCAAACACUGAGUGACACACCCCAGUGCCUGACCACGCCUAAAGCCUGAAGACACGCCCCAAAGCCUGAUGACACACCAAAGCCUGACCACGCCUAAAGCUUGAAGACACACCCCAAACACUGAGUGACACACUCCAAAGCCUGACAAUGCCUAAAAUCUGAAGACACGCCACAAACACUGAGUGGCACACCCCAAUGCCUGACCACGCCUAAAGCCUGAAGACACGCCCCCAAAGCCUGAUGACACACCCUAAAGCCUGACCACACCUAAAGCCUGAAGAUACGCCCCAAACACUGAGUGACACACCCCAAUGCCUUACCAGGACACACCCCAAAACCUGAUGACACACUUUAAAGCUUGCCCGGGACACGCCCCAAUAACAGACCGAAGCCUGAAGACAUGCCUCAAAUACUGAGUGAUGCCCCAAAACCUGACGACACACCCCAAAGCCUGACCGGGACACGCUCCAAAGCCUGAUGACACACCCCAAAGCCUGACCAUGCCUCAAUAACUUACCCAGCCCCAAAGCCUGAAGACACGCCUCAAACACUGAGUGACACACCCCAAAAGCCUGAUCGAGACAUGCUUCAAAUACAGAUCCCCCAGCUUCCUCUUUUAAAGAAACAGACAGAAGCAGAACCUCUGUUACACCAAUAAUCAAUAACUAAUAAUCAAUUACAGCAGUCUCACAAGCAUUAAAAUCGGCCUGUUUCCCCACACAGCAGAAACAUCUCUCACCUCUGUUUGGGUCUGAUCUGGUACCUGCUGGACACGAGUUUGUUUGAUUGCACUUUUUUAUAGAGCACUUUGUGAGAUUACUGAAAUAUAAAUAAAGGAAUGUUGGGAGUGACUGACCGCACAAAGACGAAUGUUAUAGAAUAAAUAAAAUCUCUCCUCAGUGAGGUGAGCACCGUGUAUUAGCCUUAUAGUUAUUUAUUUCGAUUUAUUUGUAGCAUCACUGCGGUUGUUUUAAUUGGACUGACUUCCACUGAUGAAGGACAGACUUUGAAAACAGAACGGCAGAGUAAUUUUACAGUAAAUGAAUGUCCACCUGAACUGUUUAACAAUGAAACUGUGUAAUUUAAUGAAAACUGUUAAAUGUUCAGGUGGGAAAACAGUAUUAGACAUUGUUAUUUCAGACUGUAUUAUUAUUUUUGUUUUAGGUUAAAAUAUAUACAGUGUAUUAAUGUAUUAAUUCAUUUUCUGUAAUGUAAAAUGUAUAUAAUAAAU